AUGGCGGCGGCGGCGGCGGCGACUACCUCAGCGGCGGCGGCGGCCCAGGCGCCCGCGGCCCGUGGGGACGGUGCCUCCUCAGUGCACUGGUUCCGCAAGGGGCUGCGGCUCCAUGACAACCCGGCGCUGCUGGCGGCCGUGCGCGGGGCGCACUGCGUGCGUUGCGUUUACAUCCUCGACCCUUGGUUCGCGGCCUCCUCCUCAGUGGGGAUUAACCGUUGGAGGUUCCUCCUUCAGUCGCUGGAAGAUUUGGACAGAAGCUUAAGGAAGCUGAACUCCCGCCUCUUUGUGGUCCGAGGACAGCCGGCUGACGUGUUCCCAAGGCUAUUCAAGGAAUGGGGGGUGACCCGCCUGACCUUUGAGUAUGACUCUGAACCCUUUGGGAAGGAGCGGGACGCAGCCAUCAUGAAGAUGGCCAAGGAGGCUGGUGUGGAGGUGGUCACCGAGAACUCGCAUACUCUCUACGACCUGGACAAGAUCAUUGAACUGAACGGGCAGAAGCCGCCCCUUACCUACAAGCGCUUUCAGGCCAUCAUCAGCCGCAUGGAGCUACCCAGGAAGCCCGUGGGCUCCGUGACCAGCCCGCAGAUGGAGGGCUGCCGGGCCGAGAUCCAGGAGAACCACGACGAAACCUACGGUGUGCCCUCCCUGGAGGAGCUGGGGUUCCCCACCGAAGGACUUGGCCCAGCGGUUUGGCAGGGAGGAGAGACGGAAGCUCUGGCCCGCCUGGAUAAGCACCUGGAACGGAAGGCCUGGGUUGCCAACUAUGAGAGGCCCCGGAUGAACGCCAACUCGCUGCUGGCCAGCCCCACGGGCCUCAGCCCCUACCUGCGCUUUGGCUGCCUCUCCUGCCGUCUCUUCUACUACCGCCUGUGGGACCUGUACAAGAAGGUGAAGCGGAACAGCACGCCCCCGCUCUCCCUAUUUGGGCAACUCCUGUGGCGAGAGUUCUUUUACACAGCAGCCACCAGCAACCCCAGGUUCGACCGCAUGGAGGGGAACCCCAUCUGUAUCCAGAUCCCCUGGGAUCGCAACCCCGAGGCCCUGGCCAAGUGGGCCGAGGGCAAGACAGGCUUCCCCUGGAUUGACGCCAUCAUGACCCAGCUGAGGCAGGAGGGCUGGAUCCAUCACCUGGCCCGGCACGCCGUCGCCUGCUUCCUCACGCGUGGAGACCUCUGGGUCAGCUGGGAGAGCGGUGUCCGGGUGUUCGAUGAGCUGCUCCUGGAUGCGGAUUUCAGCGUGAACGCCGGCAGCUGGAUGUGGCUGUCCUGCAGCGCUUUCUUCCAGCAGUUCUUCCACUGCUACUGCCCGGUGGGCUUUGGCCGCCGCACAGACCCCAGUGGAGACUACAUCAGGCGAUACCUGCCCAAACUGAAAGGGUUCCCCUCCCGGUACAUCUACGAGCCCUGGAACGCCCCAGAGUCCAUUCAGAAGGCAGCCAAGUGUGUCAUUGGUGUGGACUACCCCCGGCCCAUCGUCAACCACGCCGAGGCCAGCCGGCUCAACAUCGAGCGGAUGAAGCAGGUUUACCAGCAGCUCUCCCGCUACCGGGGACUCUGUCUACUGGCGUCUGUCCCUUCCUGUGUGGAAGAUCUCAGCAACCCAGUUGCGGAGCCCAGCUUGAGCCAGGCGGGGAGCUCGAGCAGUGCGGGCCCAAGACCACUGCCCGGGGGCCCAGCGUCUCCCAAGCGCAAACUGGAGGCAGCGGAGGAGCCGCCUGGUGGAGAGCUGAGCAAACGGGCCAGGGUGGCAGAGUCGCUCCCCUCAGAACUGCCGAGCAGGGGCGUCUGA